AUGGAGGCACGUCUAGAUGCCAUUGCUAGCAUAAUCACCAAGAAGCUAGAUCCAAAUAGCGCGACAUACAUGGGCGCCAACUCGGAGGAUGAAGGUGAUGAAAGUGAAGCAAGAUCAUCCAAGAACACCUACCAAGAUGAUAGGGGUUUGAAACUAGAUGACUAUACUGGAGAAGGCAAUCCAGAAGACUUGUUGGAGUGGAUUCGCCAACUAGAAAAGGUGAGUGAUUAUAGGGGCUUUGAUGAUAAAAAGAAGUUCAAAGUGGCUGCUAUUAGACUCACGAAAUAUGCUGGAAUUUGGCUUGAAGGGUUGCACGCACAAAGAGCUAAGAAAGGCAAAACCAAGAUGUUUAGUUGGGAGAAAUUAAAAGGGAAACUUAAAGACAAGUUCUUACCUGAUGAUUAUGAACAAAAGCAGUUCAUAAGACUCACAUCAAUAAGCCAAAAUAAUCUAAGUGUACAUGAAUACACCAUGGAGUUUGAGAAGCUAGGCCUUAUAUGUGAUAUAGAAGAGAAGGAGAUGCACAAAACAACAAGGUACAUUAAAGGCUUGAAUAGGAACAUAGCCAAGAGAGUUGAAGUUUCUACUUACCACUCCUUUGCGGAUGUGACUAAGUUAGCUAAGAAGUUUGAAGAACAUGACAAGGAGGAGAAACCUAAGGGAACAUACACACCUAGGUAUGACUCUAAUGCAAAAGGAAAGGCUACUACUUCCUACACAAAGUGGAUAGAAAGUUCUAAACCUAACAAUACGCCUAAAGAGGACACUACUAUGGAGAAAACUAAAGUGGCUGUGCCUAAGGAGAAGUUUGAGGAGUUGAGGAAGUGCUUCAAGUGUCAAGGAAGAGGACACAUAGCAAGCAACUACCCUACAAAGAAAGCUCUCACCAUGAGACAAUACUUAGCCUUACAAGAAGAAGAAAGUAGGUAUGAGUUCAACCCUGAAGAGGAGCAAAACAUGGGAGAAGAUGAUGAAGAAGAGGAUGCUUUUGCAGAGGAUGAUACAAGACUUAUAAGGGUGAUUCGACGCACCUUACAUGUGGACCAUACACCUAAUAUGGCGCAAAGGGAGAAUCUUUUCCACACUAGAUGCAAGGUAGGUGAGUAUACAUGCAAUGUGAUAAUAGAUAGUGGUUCUUGCACUAAUGUUAUUGCAUCUGAAGUGGUAUCUAAACUCAACCUAACCACAAGAGCACACCCUAAAGCAUACAAAUUGAGUUGGUUGGAUGAUAGCACUGGUAUGAGGGUGAAGAAGCAAGCCUUUAUUUCAUUCUCCAUAGGAGGCUAUAAAGAUGAAUUGUGGGGUGAUAUGUUGCCUAUGAGUGCAUGUCAUCUUCUACUUGGGAGACUAUGGCAGUUUGAUAGAAAAGUCAUUCAUGAGGGAGAUUCUAAUGUGUAUUCUGUGUUGGUUGGUUUAAAGAGGGUUCGACUACAUCCUUUGGCUCCUAACCAAGUGGCGCCUAAACAACCACCUAAAACACCAAGUUACUUCCUAAAUUCUAAGGAGUUCGAACAUGAAGUGGAGGAAGAAGGUUGUGCUUAUGCUUUGGUUGUGAGACAAGUAAACACAAGUGUCAAAACUCCUAACAAUGACCAACUUGAAGCCUUGAUGCACGAAUUUGAAGAUGUAUUCCCUGAGGAGUUACCACAAGGACUUCCACCUUUGAGAGGGAUAGAACAUGCUAUUGAUCUUGUUCCUGACGCUCCACUACUUAACAAACCUGCUUAUAGAUGUGAUCCACUGGCUUCUAGGGAAUUGCAACGCCAAAUUGAAGAUCUCAUUGAGAAGGGGUAUGUGAAGGAAAGCAGGAGUCCAUGUGCUGUGCCAGCAUUGCUAGUCCCUAAAAAGGAUGGAACAUGGAGGAUGUGCAUAGAUAAUAGAGCAGUCAACAACAUCACAGUCAAGUAUGGCUUCCCUAUGCCUAGAUUGGAGGAUAUAUUGGAUGAAUUACAUGGUGCUUCAAUCUUUUCUAAGAUUGAUCUUCGAAGUGGCUAUCACCAAAUGAGAAUUAGGGAAGGAGAUGAAUGGAAAACAGCAUUCAAGACAAAAAUCUGA